CUCAUUUUAAAAUUUAAAUAGAUAAGAUAUUUUUUACAAAUACUAUUUGUUUAUAAUUUAACUCUGAUGAGAAAAAUAAAAUAUAAAAAAUAAGAUAACAAUUGUCAAUAGAGCAUGUCAACAAAUGCCAAAUUAAAAUAUAGUUUAUCAUCAUUAUAAGCAGUAACAACAACAACAACAACAUAUCAAUAAACUUGUAUUUACAAUUAAUAAAAGCAACAAUGAGGGGUGUUUUAAUAUUUGAUCAUCUAAAUGAUAUUUUAUUUACAAAAUGUAAUGCAAAAUUUGCAAAACAUGUUGAAAAAUUGGCUAAAAAUCAAGGACUCAUUUCAGAAAAAGAUAAUAAUGACAGCUAUGAAUUAAGUGCAAAUGUUAUAAUGCAAUUAUUCUCACCAAUAGUGACCUCACAACAAAUGAUGGCAUCACAAUUUGGUAAUUCUUAUACAUCAAUAAAUUGUGAAGAUGGUACAAAUAUUGUAUUUGAUUAUUCAAUGGGUUAUACAUUUCUUUAUAUAUCAAAUGAUGAUAUAAUAUUUAUGAAAAGAUCACUUGGUAUUUGUGUUACAAUUGCUGGACAUGUUUGUGGUCCAGAUAUUUCACUCUUAAAAACAAGUCAAGAAAAAUCAUCACUUGUAUCAUCAUUAAUGGAUUCUUGGCGUAUACUUUAUAAAUGUGAACAAAGUAUUUUAACUGAAACAGUUGAACAAUUAUGUGUUAAUGCUGAUUUAGGUUCAUCAACAUUAAAAAUUCUUCAAGAUGCUGCUGAUAAAUUAAAAGCAUCUGAAUAUCCAAAUGUUCAUCUACUUGUCCUAGUUGAAAAUAAAUUUUUAUCAUUAUAUUCAAGUAAAAAUUCACAAGAUUUAAAUGCAUCUGAUAUUUUAUUGACAGUAUUAUUAUGUCAUGUUGCUAAAGUUAGUAAUAAAUCAUUAAAAAUUAAUGAUGAUCCAGAUGUUAUACUUGUACAGCGACAAAAUAAUACAGACAAUGAAGAAAUAACAUCAAUUGGUGGAAAAUUAUCAAAUCCAACAACAACUGAUAUUAGUAAUCUUUUUAAUGAUUCUGAUGAUUCUACAAACAAUGAUUGUCUCAGUGAAAAUAAACUAUACAGUCAAUUAUUAUUAUUGGGUUGUGAACAAUCACGUACAGCAAAUGCCAUUCAUAUAUUUAAUUUAUUUGAAGGAAUAAAUUUAAUAACAAUAACAGAAGUUACAAAUUUAAUGACAUCAUCUGGUAUUUAUGAUAGUUUUUAUUAUUUAAAUAUUAUAAAUAGUUUACAAUUACAAAAUGACAUUGAUGAAUUAAGACCAGCAUUUGAUAAUCUUGAUUUAUCAAUUAAAAAAACAAUUGAUGGUAUUAAAAAAAAUCGUGGUAAUGUUGGUAAUGAUGUUGAUAUGUGCCAAAGACGUAUGCAAGUUAAAUGGGAAUUUUUUCGUAAAAAAUAUGUUGAUUUAUUAAAAUCAUGGGAUCAAGAAUCUGUAUUACAAAUUGAAUCAAAUAUGAAUGGUUUUAUUAUAACAAUGAAAGAAUUAUUUAAAUUAACAUGUUUUAAUAAAAAUUUUUUAAAACAUGGUAUUGAUAUUGUACUUACAGUUAGUCAAUUAGUUAAAAAAAAAUUUAAUGCAUUUAAUGAUUUUUUAAAAGUUAAAGCUAUUAAAAAUUUCACACUUGAUUCAAGAACAUCAUUGACAAUAAAUAAAUAUCUUGAAGAAUUUCCAGGACUUGUACAUUUUAUUUAUAUUAAUAGAACGACAAAUCGUUUGAUAGCACCAACUCUUGAUUUUACAAAUCCAGAAACUUUAGCACUUACAACUAAAAAAAUUUGGACAAUGGUUGAACAGAGUAGAAAUCAUCUUCAAGAAGGACAUUUUUCAAUAAUGUGGAAAGAUUGUACAUUUAAUUAUGCAUAUUUUCUUUGGUUUGAAGAUAACAGUGGAUCUUCGUUGAAAUGUAAAACUUAUAUUAAUCAUAUGAUUAAGAGCUUUCCAUUACCAGGUAUAAUGUGUGGUAAUUAUUAUAAAAAAUUAGCACAAACAUGUUUUCCAAAAAUAUCAAAAAAUAAAAUUCGAAUAUAUGAAUUGUAUUGUGUACAUUUGGGUCUUGCAACAUCUUCAUGUGUUCUUGAACACUCGAGAAGAUUAGCUGCAACAAUUUGGGAAAUAACUGGUUUAUCUAAAAUUCCAACAGAAAUAAUGUAAUACUUAUUUUUUAAUAUUUUUAUUAUUUAUUUAUUCGUAAAUAUUAUAUGUUUUUUAAUUUAAAUUUAAAUUAUUUUAUAUAUUUUUUAUUUUCUUCUAUUUUUUUGUUAGGUAGAAUCAAGUUAGAUAUUUAUUUUACUUUAAAAACUAUUCCAUUUUUUUAAAUACACAUUUAUUCAAACCAAAGACAAUUUAUUUAUAAAUUAUUUUAUUUCUUUGACUUUAUUAAUUGUUCAUGUAAUCAAAUUUUUAUAACGUAAUAAUAAAUAUAUAAAUUAAAUUUAAAA